AAUACUUCCAUGUGUAAAAAAGUCUCUAUCAUGAUUACAUUUCCAGUUUAAUAAAAUAUUGGAAAUUUCAAAGUGUCAAUGUUUCUGUACAAACUCUUAUGGUUUCACUUUAUUGAAAUGUUAAAUAGUUCUAUGUAACAUGGUGGUCACUGGUUGGUUGUGGUCACUGCAGGUUCAGGUGACUGGACAUGGAAGGAGCAGGCAGACAUGGUCAAGUGGACACGGGGGUAAAGUGGCAUUUGUGACAGGUGGAGGUACAGGGAUAGGGUUCACUAUUGCCGAGGUGUUGAUGAGACAUGGAUGUGAUACGGUCAUCGCCAGUCGCCGCCUUGACAAAUUGCAGGAGUCUGCAGCUACACUCCGGGCUGCCACCGGUCGACGGUGUCUGCCCAUCCAGAUGGAUGUCAGAGAUCCCAAGAAAGUACAAGCAGCCGUUGCCGAAGCAAUGAAAGAGUUUGGGAAGAUAAAUAUCCUUGUGAACAGCGCUGCUGGCAACUUCCUGUGCCCGGCGGAGGGGCUGUCCUUCAAUGCUUUUCGUACUGUGAUGGACAUUGAUGCUAUGGGCACAUAUAAUGUCACCAAGGUCGUCUUUGACGAGUACAUGAAGAAACAUGGUGGUGUGAUUGUUAACAUCACGGCCACGCUGCAGGUGCGGGGUCAGGUCUACCAGCUGCAUGCAGGGGCCGCCAAGGCUGCCAUAGAGACCAUGACAAAGCACCUUGCUGUGGAGUGGGGGGAGAAGGGGAUUCGCAUUAUGUGUGUUGCACCUGGACCCAUAGGAGACACGGAGGGAUUCAGCAGGCUAGGAGGUAAAGCUCUCAGGAAGGAGUAUGUGGACAACAUUCCCAUCCAGCGUGUGGGUACGCGUGAGGACAUAGCCAACACAGUGGUGUAUGUGUGUAGUGACGCUGCCCAGCUGCUCACUGGCUCCACAGUCAUUGCGGACGGUGGCUCCUGGCUCACAAACGAGAACAAUCUAAGUGGCAUUCGCCACAUUGUGGAACUAUAUUCAAAAAUGUGAUGCCUUUGUUUUAGAAACUGAAUAUCAUUUUCAUUUGAGAGUUGCACUGCGAAAGUUUAGUAACCAGAGUAUACAUUAACUAUUACUUGUUAGAUUUGUUUGUAAAAUUUUACAAUUUUUGCAAUACUUCUAAUCUAAUAAAAUUAAAGAUGUAUUAACAUUUUGUCUUUAAUAAAAUUAAACAUGA